AGCGGGACUCUGUUAGACUGUUUCAGUUUUAUCCUGACUAUGUCUAAGUUUACUUCAAUGUUUUAUUAUUUUAAUCAUUAUCAUCAUCGUCUGCACCAUCAUCAUCAUCAUGAUCGACAUGGUCAUUUGUGAAACAAAAAGUUCAUUUUCUAUGCAUUUCUAAUCAAAUUGUUUCCGUUAAAAGUCAACAAUCUUUUACUUUCAGUUUUUUUAUUUGCUUUCACCAUGUUUAACUAAAUCUUUUUACAAACAACAACUUGCUUUUUCUCUGGUUUUUACAAUUAACCAGUGUUAACUUUUUAACUACUAUAGUCAACAAUGAUCAAUAAUUAAUCAAAAAUUGUGUGUCAUCUAAAUAUUAUUGAUGAUCUUGAUUGUACCAAUAAUGUUGCCAUUUUUAACGCUUCUUUCUGUCAACCAAUUAGUCAACAUUUGUUCGUCUGACUAAUCUUUUGGGUUUACAAUUUUUUGCUGACUUCAAAGUGAUCUUUUUUUGUGACCAUUUUCCUAUUGAUUUGUUAACAAAUUUUAUGAUGAUAUCGCCAAUGGUAUCACAAUGGUCUCACCUGUUUGGUGCUUUAAUAUCUCUUCCAUGUCUUCUUUUGGUCAUUUUGAUUUAUUCAAUUGGAUUUUCCUUUAUUCGAAUGCCAAGGAAAACGAAACACUCGCUAAUCAACAUUCUUUUCCUCAUCACUUGUACCAUAACAUUGUUUACAAUAUCACUUACUUUUCCCUUUACAUCAUCUUCAUCCACGCCGUCGUCCAACACUCAUCAACAGCAACUUGUUCAUUGUCGAAUAAUAUCGGCAUUAGUUCACUUUUCAACACUUUCCUGUCUUCUUUGGAUAUUUUUAAGUGCUAUUUCAAUGUAUCGCAGUUUGUCUCAUAGUGCCCACGAGUUUUCCUCAUCAGUCAACUCUUCCUCUUCUUCCUCAUCCAACAACAAUAAUACCAAAUCAUCGACAGAUGAUAAUGAAGAUGAUGACCUUAGAUUACCUGAUCUCCCUCUUCGGACCCGCUCAAUUCACCAUCAUUCUGUAUCAACGUUUAAAAAGCGAACCUCACAUUCAACUAUUUUAGGCUAUUAUCUUUUUGGUUAUGGAUUAUCCAGUAUAAUUUGCAUCUCUUGUUUAACAAUCAACUUUGGGUCAACCUAUUCUUCCUUGUUAUCCUCUCUAACAUCAAGUUCAGCGUCAUCAGCGCCUCUUCUUUUCUCGUCAUGUUAUGUUCCAAUGACACCCGGAGGUUAUGCUGUACUCUAUGGUCCAAUUGCACUUUUAUUUUGCCUUAAUCUAAUUGUCUAUCUCAUUGUUGCUUGUAUUUUAAGCUGUCUAGGAACCAACAUUGUCUCACCCGGAGCAACUCUUCAUGACUCAACAAUAUCUCUUAAAAAUGGUCUCAAUGGAUUGAGUAAAGAUGCCUCUAUUAAGGUUGAUCUUGAAUGGACUUACAGGCGACAGUUGUUUGCACAAAUUGGACUUUUCAUACUCUUUACCAAUCUCAUUGUAUCAAUGAUUUUUCUUGUUGCAUGGAGGCCAUUUUCAUUUGUAAAUCAAUUAUCUACAUCUACAUCUUCAUUAUUUUUACCACCAUUAUCCACAGCCGCUGCAUCAACAGCCUCCAUCAAUGGAUCCAUUGUGACACCUUCAACACCAGCAACAUCUACGACAUUAUCUACAUCCAACUCAAGUGAAUCAAUUUCUUUGAUUUUCAGUAAUUCAACAUCCCAGUUAAUUCCAUUAGUCGCAUCUUCAUCAUCUUCAUCACUCACAACAACAUUACAGCUAUCUUCAUCCUCGUCCCCACCUGAAACAGCAUCUUAUCUUUUAUCAGGAAAUUUAAAUGCCUUUCAACUGGAUCAACUCUUUUACGGAUUAGUCUACAGUCUAUCAUCUUUCCUACUUGCCUUUUACAUGAUAAUCUUGUAUGUUGCCAGACGCCGAGAUGUUCGUACUUUGUUAACUUUUUGGUUAAAGGGUAACCGUAAUAACCAUCAUAAUCAUCACCAUCAGUAUCACAGUCGUAACCGUCGUAAUUGGUUUUGCUGUCUAACUGGUUCGGUUCCGGAAAUCCCUUUAAUGCCCAAAGUUGAUGUUAUUCGUAAUAGUAGUUCACAUUCAGCUAAUAGUGAUCAUCAUCAUUUAGCUCAAGCUUUAUUACAAUCAGUUCGAGAAACCUCGUCCAGUAAUAAAUUAAACAUUGAUGAAUGUGAAAUAUCAAAUAACACUUCAAGUAACAGCAAAGAGCUUGCCCAUGGUUUGGUUUAUGAAGAGAUCAAGAUUCAUGACAAUACAAGUAGAGAAGCGAUUCCUUAUAAAGUAAUUAACAACAUCUCAUCUGACCUGAGAAACAAUUUACCCAGUUUAAUUGAAUCCCCUUUAAUCAACAAUGCAACACCAACACCAUAUCAUCUAGAUUACCACCAAUCAAACCAUGAAGUAUUCAUCAAUCCAAAGUUGAAUGCAAUUGCCAAAAAGUUUUUUGAAAAAAAUCGUCGUCGACAAGAGCAGCAACAGCAACAAUUGAAAGACAAGUUGAUUAAAAAUGAUUUAGAUGCAAAAAAUGUUCACAGUAUAAUAUCCUCAUCAGCCUCAUCAUUUAAAAUGGAUCAUCCCGAGGUUGGUGUUACCGCUUCAAUCUUUUCAAACAGACCAAGACUUUCAUUUGAUAAUGGAUACCAUUCAAAUGGUCUUCCAAGAGAUCACCAUCGAAACACUGGUUCAGCCUCAUGUGUUGGUGUUCCCAUUGCCGGGCGAACCAAUGGUACCAAUGAAAUCAACAAUUUAAUUUCACGUCUACAAUCAGCGGGUAAAUUGAGUUCAUCUGCUUCUUCAGCUUCCACUGCCAUUGGAUCAACUGUCGGACCAACCAGCUAUUCAAAGGCCAAAAGUGACAUUAUCUGUUGGAAUCCGUCCUCUUCUUUUCUCGCCAAAUGGCAAGGACCACGAACCAACCCACCGCCAUUACCACCUUUACCUACACGUAAAGAGAUGAUGUCAAUCUCACAGUCAAACUCAUCUCAAUCCUUUUCAUCAACAGUCCGUCAAACCAAACGACUCAAUCUCAACGGUCCAACAGGAAAAGAAUCACCUUCAACAUUUCAAGAUAACAAUUCAACCAGCAACACUGGUGAUGAUAACAACCUAAUCUCCGGUUUACGGGUUAAACUUUCCAACCGGAAACUUCCAGCCAUUAUAAGUCCACCUUCACCGUCCAAUCUUCAUAGAGCUUUAGUUAAGUCUUCUUCGUCAAUUCCUGGUGCCUUAGAGGAUCGAGACCAACAACAAAGCGAGAUUAUGUCCGUUUGCUGUGGAUCUGAAGUAAUGUCAACUGUCUCGGUACCUUGGACUUGUUACUCUAAAAGAACGGUACCAAUUUUGCGGCCAAUCAAUAAUCCUGGUGAAACACAUUAUCCAAUCAAUUCAUCGUCGUCAUCAUCAACUCACCAUCGGCAUCAUUACCAUUCCCAUUCUCAUCAUCACCAUAGAUCUCACCAUAAGCGAUCUUCACGAUCUCACCGUAAUAACCAUUGUAAUCGCUGUUGGGAUGUUUACUUUUGUGAUAUCUGUGAUCUUUGUUCAAAGUCUCCACCAACCAGGCGAAUAGAAAUUAAUAAAGAUCAUUCAUCUGGACAUUUACCGAAUCAUCGUUCAUUAAACUCUCAUCAUCAUCAUCACCUUCCUCCAACUCCAAAUUCAUCUGCAUUGAUCAAGAAAGAUUCAUCGCUUAUUGAUGUAAAUGAAGCACAUUCAAAGACUGGUCCAUUGUCUGUUAAUAACCAUUCACCGCCUCACUGUCAUCCUCGUAAAGCCAGUUCAACGGUCAGCUCAAAUGGCGGGGAAAGACGUCGUCGUCGUAAAAAAAGGCCGAGUCAAUGUAAAAAUCGUUCAUCGCAAGGACCAAUAACGGGAUACUCUAAUCAUGGACCUUGUAAACAUUUAUCUCGAUCAACCAGUGUCAAUGAAUAUCGAUCAUGUCACUAUUGUUAUACCAAACAUUAUUCAUCUUCCGACACCCAAUGAGAUUUAUACAUAACUUAUUAACAAUUAUUGAUAAAUGCUUUAACUGCUUUCAUAAAUAAAUCUUGUUAUAACUUAUAAUAAAGACAAACAAUU